GGUGUGCGCCCUAGGACGGCGAUUUAGUUGUCAUAUGCUGGUCGAACGACGAUUGCGGUAUACGACUAUGCGCAGUACGCACAAGAUAGAAGAUCCGAAUCAUCGUGCUCAACUUCCUCUUUAUGCAAAACCCUAAUACCUUUAAUCAGCCUAUUUAUGUUCCCUCAUUGAGGGAGGAUGAACUGAGGUUUGCCUCAUCAACCCAAACCAAUGCACCAUCAAUGGAGCGGUUAACCUGAUUAUCUGUUUUAUAUUUACAAGUACACUCAUUCAUCCUCUAAUCGAUGAAUGGAUUCUUCAUCAACAUUUUUCGAUGCCGGAUAAAAUCUUGGGUUAUUAGUAAGGAUAAACCAGGUAACAUUAACAGUAUACUUAAUAUUUUCAAUCGUCUGUCAAAAUACACUACUACUGCUAAAUCAUCAUCGUCAAUCACUCCGGUUGGUAACUCCCUAGAUUCAGAAUCAGUUGGUUUAUGUAAUCAAGUAUUUGAUAUAAUUUCUCAUUCAAAAAAUUGGGAUAAAAACCCGUCUUUGCUCAAAUUGGUUCCAUCAAUUACUCCAUUACAUGUUUGUAAUGUACUCAAUAAUCUCAAUCUUGAUGCUAGAACUGCUCUAGGUUUUUUUAAUUGGAUUGAAUCCAAAAAACAUAGAUAUAAACACGAUGUGAAAUCUUAUUCAUGUCUAUUAGUUCUACUUAUUCGUGCUGGUUUGUUUAGUGAUGCCAAGAGUGUUAGAGAUUUGAUGAUCAAGUCGUGUGGAUCCGCGGAAGAAAUGCUGUUUGUUUCUGAUGAGGUUAGGAGGAUGAAGAAAUAUAGUGAAAAGAAAAGGUUUACCCUUAGUCUUAGAUGUUAUAACCAUCUGUUAAUGGGGUUAGCUAAGUUUAAUUUGAUUGAUGAAAUGGAGGCUGUUUUCAUAGAUAUGUUGAUUGAUAAGAUAUCUCCAAAUAAUUAUACGUUCAAUACAAUGAUUAAUGUGUAUUGCAAGGUAGGAAAGGUCAUGGAGGCUAGGUUGUAUCUCAGUAAGAUGUUACGAGCAGGUGUAACACCAGAAACAUUUACAUAUACAUCUCUGAUAUUAGGAUACUGUAGGAAUAAAGAUUUAGGUAAUGCUCGUAUGAUGUUCAAGCAGAUUCCGGAGAAGGGUGGUCGUAGAAGCGAGGCCGUAUAUGAUACUCUCAUCCAUGGGCUGGGUAAAUAUGGGCAUAUUGACGAAGCUUUUGAAUUGUUUCGUCAAAUGCCAGAUGAUGGCUGUCAUCCAACUGUUCAUACGUAUACAAUUCUCAUAGAUGCACUUUGUCGCUUGGGUCGGAGGUCAGAAGCUUUUAAUUUGUUUAGAGAGAUGGGAGAAAAAGGUUGUCAUCCAAAUCAUCACACAUAUACCACUCUCAUUGACUGCCUAUGUAAAGAGAAAAAGCUUGAAGAUGCGCAUAAGUUGUUUAAUGAGAUGUCUGAGAAAGGUUUGGUCAUUGGCGUGCCUACCUACAAUGCUCUAAUUGAUGGGUAUUGCAAGGAGGGGAAAAUGGAUAAUGCAUUUACCCUUUGGAGCUUGAUGGAAUCAAAUGGAUGUAACCCAGAGACACGCACUUGCAAUGAGUUAAUAAAUGGGCUUUGUAAGGAAAAACAGGUGCACAAGGCAAUGGCGCUUUUCAGUAAGAUGCGUGAGCGCUGCAUGUCUCCUAGUUCCAUCACAUACAAUUCGUUAAUCCAGGGACAGUGCAGGGCGGGUUAUUUUGAUAAUGCUUUUAGGUUGCUAAUGUUGAUGUCUGAGGAUGAUUCGGAACCUGAUCAGUGGACUUAUUCGAUGUUAAUAGACACUCUUUUCAAAGAAGGGAAGGUAGAAAAAGGAUAUGCCUUUUUUCGAUCUGUUAAAGAUAAAGGCACAAAGGCAAAUGAAGCUAUAUUCACUGCGUUGAUAGAUGGGCAUUGCAAAGCGGGAAAGAUCGAUAUUGCCUCUUCGUUGCUCGAGGAAAUGAUUACUGAGAAUUGUUUGCCAAACUCGCAUACUUACAAUGCAUUGAUAAAUGGGUUGUGCAAAGAAAAACAAAUUCAUAAAGCAGCUAUGUUAGUGGAAGAGAUGAUAGAGAAAGGGCUGGAGCCUACAAUAUUUACACAUACAAAUCUCAUCGACGAACUGUUGAAAAAUGGCCAUUCUGAUGAAGAAGCUCUAAUAAUCUUUGAGCGUAUGCUUUCCUCAGGAAUUCAGCCUGAUGUUUGUACUUAUACAGUGUUUAUUCAUACGUAUUGCAUCCAAGGGAAGUUACGAAAAGCAGAAGACAUGAUGGUUAAAAUGAUCAACAAAGGAGUUUUACCAGAUGUGGUUACUUACAAUGUAUUGAUAAAUGGGUAUGGAAAUUUGGGAUCUAUAGAUGGUGCUUUUGUUGUUCUAAAGAGGAUGUUUAGUGCCAGGUGUAGGCCAUCUGUGGCUACCUAUUCUGCUUUACUGAAGCAUUUCAUAAAUGAUACACGGGUUAAGGAAAGAAGCAACAAAGAUGGUGGUCUUGUUUUGGCGGCUGCUAGUUCUUCUUCUAUGGAUAUUUCUAAUGUUUGGAAGAUACUUGAUACUGAGACUACAUUGCGGUUUUUGAAGAAAAUGGUUGAACAUGGUUGUACCCCCAAUAUUGACACCUAUGAUUCCCUCAUCGCUGGGUUUUGCCAAGGGGGGAGGUUGGAGGAGGCCAAAAAUUUGGCCUUUUAUAUGAAUGAAAUAGGGUUACUUCCAAAUGAGGAUAUCUACACCUCUCUUGUCGGUUGCUGCUGCAAGUUGGGAAUGUACACUGAAGCAUCAACCCUGCUUGAUAAUAUGGUUUCGUGUGGUCAUCUUCCACCUUUAGAAUCUUACAAGGUAGUUGUUUGUGGGCUAUAUGAUGAAGGAAAUGUUGAGGAGGCUGAAGAGGUUUUCUCUCGUCUUCUCCGAGGUGAUUAUCAUAAGGAUGAAGUAGCAUGGACGAUUCUUGUUGACGGCUUACAUAAGAAGGGUCAUGCUGAUAGAUGUUCUAAACUCUUAGACAUUAUGGAGGAAAAGGGUCGCCAGCCUAACAAUCAGACUUAUUCAAUGUUGGUUGAGGGCCUUCCUGACGGGGUCAUCAUAUAACGAUCAACAGUGGUUAUUUGUUUAUACUGGCCUGGUAUCUGCUGUCAUGGUCCAAGCUGAUGGAGGUGAAGCAGUGGAUCUGGGAGAGAUCCUUAUGGCUGCACCACUUCAAUGCCCGCCUCCUCCUACAAAAGUCGGUGAUAUCAACACAUCAAUGAUGAGAAAGCUGCUUCAAGUUAUUGGGAAUUUGGGAUAACAUGCUCCCAUGUUUGAAGACGGCUGGAAGUUUCAGAUGGCUGGUUUGCAACUAUACCUGUAACUAUUUAUCAAUGCAUUACUGAUCAUCAAGGGUGAGGCAGAUAUUCGCCUUGAUACUAAUGGUACAGAUGGGUUUAGUUUAUUGUGGUACUAAGACCAAAGACUUAUGUGUAGAUGUCUAGCCAGCAAGACCGCAAUAUCCAUGGGUCACUAGUACUCACUGAGAUGCAGCUGAAUGAGAAACUUCCCAGGGUCGCACAUCAGAGCUGCUGGGCGUAUUAUGUCUUUUAAAGAAAGUGAAUCAUGGACCUAAUGGCAGAAUUUAGUGUGUGAUAGUAGCAAGAUUGUUUUUGUACACUCUAUGGGAAUUUUUCACGGGUUUCUUAAAUCUAUUAUUUACUUGGGAGAUCCUUGAAUAAACGGCUAGCAUGGAGUGCAGACAGCAGGGGAAUUCUUUUUCCAAUCAGAGUCACUUGGAUAAUUGUAUAGUUUUUCUUAAGCAAUUUUGUUCCUGUCUUGCCUGAUUUAGGGUGGUAAUUUUGCUGCCUUUAAAUAGCAGGAAUUUUUGUAAUUAUUUUGUGGUUGGUUGCAUGGUGGAGAUGGGUUUUCACGUGGAUUAUAAGGCCGGUUCCUAUGGGCAUGGCAAAGUUCCAUAUUUGCACCCACUAUAAACAUGGCAAAGUGACAAAUUUGACACUUAACCAUGCCAGAUCUAAUCUUUACUGAGCGGUAUAGUGUCGACCACGUUAUCUAGAGUUGACCGGGCGACCUAAUGUACAUCGCUAGCGAUGUAGUGUCUGUUGCUCAGUAACACUUUUGGGUAUUUAAUUAAUAAAGUCCGACUCCUAAGAC